GGCGGAGGCGGCCGGCCCCGUCGGGCGGGGAGUUCCUGGGCGCGGCGGGGCCCCGGCGGGACGAGCAUCGGCGCCGGCCUCCUUCGGCGGCAGCGGUAAGCUGAGAGAAAACUUCACCACGUAGAAAACCUCUUCUAGCAGAGUCCCAGGACACAACAGAUGAGAAAGCAGAGAAGCAGCCAAGGUUCCAGCAGCAGCAAAGCAAACCGAGGCUUCCCAGAGUCACCCUGAGGAAAACUCAGCUCUGCCCAGAGCGCCAUGGCCGGAGGUUAUGGAGUAAUGGGUGACGAUGGAUCUAUUGAUUACACUGUUCAUGAGGCCUGGAAUGAAGCAACCAAUGUUUACUUGAUAGUGAUUCUUGUUAGCUUUGCUCUGUUCAUGUACGCUAGGAGGAAUAAAAGAAAAAUAAUGAGAAUAUUCAGUGUGCCUCCUACAACAGAAACCUUGCCAGAACCAAACUUUUAUGACACGAUGAGCAAAAUCCGUUUAAGACAGCAGUUAGAAAUGUAUUCUCUCUCCAGGAAAUAUGACUCUCAGCAACCGCAGAACCAGGCUGACAGUGUGCAGCUUUCCCUGGAAUGAAGAACUUCAAGAGCUUUCUGCCAAAGGUUCAGCAGCAAAUUCAAAUAUCGGUUAUUUUAACAAGAGCAUUGCAGUACCAAUUCCUUUACAUUUCUGUAUCAAAAACAUAUUUUGCAUAUCUUCUAUUCUUGACUGUUUUGCAGGUGCCAGUGAUUUACUACAGUCUCGAAAAGGAUGGAGACCCUAAGUAGAAAAAAAAACAUGGCCCUCUAACUUUUUGGCUAAUAGAGUUUUGUUCGUUUGGGGAGUUGGAUAGUUUUAACAAAUGGUCAUCUAGUUAAAGACUAGAGUGAAAGUCAAAAAUGGAAAUGAGGCCUCUUCAGAAGCCAAAAUCCUAACAGUCAAAUCCAUGCCAUUGUAGGUAUUUUUCAUUAGUAUGAGAGUGGAGCCCCUGGAAAAGUUCCUGAGGUCUUGGAGAUGGUCAUAGUUAAUGUACUGAUGAUGAGACUGAUAAAGUCUUUUACAUGAAUAAGAAAGAGGCAGGUAUUUAACUAUCAAUUUGACAGAACCUCAGUCACUGUAAACCUUCUAUAUGUUCUCCAUGAAACAGAACCUGUUUUAAUAUUUAGCACUUUCAGGUACCUUUUUUCCUUUUAUCAUCGUCCCAGGUUGUCUAAUGUCCUACCCCUAUCUUGGUAGCUUUUUGCCCCUUUUGGGGUUCACAGUUGUUUGUAUGGACUCCAGAAAUCAUACAUUUAAUUCAGGUUUCAGGAGGGCACUUCUGGAAUUAUAUGUGUAAAAAAUUUGAAAACAAUUAGGAAGAUAUUCAUUUUUAUUUAGUGAGUGCUGUGGGUGUUUAUCUGUUAAAGUAGAACUAUCCAUUUAAUUUAGUCUGUGAGUCGAUUCUUUUGUUGAUUUUAAGACCAAAAGCCAACUGCUACAAGAAUGUGAUUUUCUAGCCUUAUCUCAUGUAUCCCAGGGAGUUAAUAUUAUAGAAAAUACCUGACUGCCCCAGACCCUUUUCUUAUGCCCACCUCCCUCCUUUGUCAAAAGCCUUGCUCUUUUCUUCAAGAACUUGUUAAAAACUCCUCUUGCAUGAAAUCUUCCAUAAUUAUCACCUGCUACUUCAGUUGUAUCAUUCAUGACUUCUCAAGCAUUCGUGUCUCUGCCUACCAGCCUUAUGUAUAUGUUGUUAUAUUUGUGCUAGUGUGCUCUCAAUAUAUUUUUGUCGUGUCA